AUGAAGCCUGAUAUGGACAUAAACAUGUUCACGGAUCCCGCAGCUGCGGAGAACUUCACGGUGCCGCCGAACCCGACCCAGCGGGCGCCGGAGAACGUCGAGCUUUACCUCAUCAACCUCUUCCUGUCUGGGUUUUACACCCUGAUUCUGUUUCCUGUGGGCCUGGUGGGGAACUUCCUGAUCCUGGUUGUCAACCUGGCCCCCCGGGGCCGGCUGUCGGCGCCGGACCUGUACUUCGCCAACCUGGCUGCGGCCGACCUGAUCCUGGUGGCCGACUCCCUGAUCGAGGUGUUCAACCUGAAGAAGGAUUACUAUGACAACGCCGGCCUCUGCACCUUCAUGAACCUCUUCCAGCAGGUCAACCUGUACAGCAGCGUCUUCUUCCUCACCUGGAUGAGCAUCGACCGCUACGUGGCGCUGACCCGAAUCGCCGCCGGCGCCUGCGCCGCGCACGCCUGCGCCGCGCACGCCUGCCGCAGCUGCUGCCUCAUCUGGGCGUUCGCGGUGCUGCUCACCUUGCUGCCGUUCGCCAUCACCCAGGUGCAGCACUCCGGCGAACUCAACUUCUGCUUUGCCAACGUCAGCCAGGUGCAGUGGCUGGAGGUGACGCUGGGCUUCCUGCUGCCGCUCUGCAUCCUGGCCGUGUGUUACUGGAGGAUCGCGCAGGUGCUGCGGCGCAGCCAGAGGCAGCGGUGCAGCCUGCAGCAGCGGCCCCGCCGGCAGCGAGCGCUGCGCAUGAUCGCCGCCGCCGUGCUGGUCUUCUUCAUCUGCUGGCUGCCAGUGAACGUCUUCAUCAGCGUUCACCUCUUGAGCAGCGCUGACGCGGUGGACGCCGAUGCAGUGGGCGCCGACACGCUGUGGGAGCUUUACCCGCUGACGGGCCACGCCGUCCGGCUUGCUGCCUUCUCCAACAGCUGCCUCAACCCGCUGAUCUACGGCUUCCUGGGUAAAACGUUCCGGAAGAAGCUGAGGCUGUUCCUCCAGGAGAAAAGCCGCAGCGCCAAGCUGCAACGGUUCGCUUCAGAAAAUCACAUUUAUGCUCCAGUUGCACCGACACGUCAGCAUCAGACAUGCGACACAUCAAGUCCCACCAAGUCCAGCUCUAAUGGCCUCCUGACGGAAACCAGACGCAGAAGCCUGGUGACGUAACGGAGCUUCAAGGACGAAAUGGAAGCAAGAACUUUCACUGAUGUGAAAACUGAAAAUUAUUUCUUUAAAAUAAAACUCAAAGCUUCCAGACCAAAGCUUCAUAAAAAACAGUUGAUGGCAUCUCAAUGUGUGCUGAAAGUAAAACCUGUGCUGAGCAUCUUUGAAUUAAUGCGCUAAUCUUUCCUUAGUGAUUUUAACAGAGGACAGUUUUUCAGUUUUUUGUUCUAGAUUUAUGGUGCAUAGAAGCUGCAAGCUGCUUUUCCAUGUUUGGUUCUUUAGCUAACUUUCUUUAGCACUUUUAACUUCCCCUAAAUAAUUGUUCUCACAUAAAGUCUAAAGCACUAAUUUAUUUGGCUGUUUUCUAAACUUUUAAUUGAAGUUUUUUGGUUUUUGACUGAAGUCACUUCAAGUUAAACAUUUAUAUUCAUGCUCUUAUUUUGAAGUCUGUUGGUGUAGCGCUGUUCAGAGUGGAUCAGCACUAAGGCUAACCAGGCUAACCUAUCAGUUAGCGGUAGCCACCACUGGGCUAAACACACCAGAACUGUUCGAUGGUU